CACCUCCCCCCUUCUCUCUCUCUCCACCAGCUCCCCUCUCUCUCUCUCAUUCCCCCUCCCCGGAGCGCUCGCGCGGACCCACGAGGAGGAGGAGGAAGAGGAGAAGAGGGAGAGGGAGGGAGCCCUAGCCCUGCCCUGCGCGCCGGCGUCGCCAGGGUUAGGGUCUCCCCCGCGUUCCUUGCGCCACCCUUCGCCGGCUCCCCGCUCUGGCCGAUCCCGCCCGCCCGACCGCCCAGCGGCGCGCGUGCCGACCCGGACUCCGCGGCGCGGCGCGGCGCCGGCCAAUGCCGCGUGCCUGACCCUCGGUCUGGGGAUUCCUUCCGUUCGGAGCUGGCCUGCCGGUACGGCCUGUCACAGGAGCUUUGCGGCGAGAUCCGGCGGCCGGCGAGAUGCAGCACGAUCAGCGCAAGAAGAGUUCUGCGGAGGCUGAAUUUUUCACAGAAUAUGGGGACGCAAGUCGAUACAAAAUUCAGGAAGUCAUUGGUAAGGGAAGCUACGGGGUAGUAUGCUCCGCAAUAGAUGUCCACACAGGAGAGAAAGUAGCGAUCAAGAAGAUACAUGACAUCUUUGAGCACAUAUCUGAUGCUGCUCGGAUUCUUCGUGAGAUCAAACUUCUGAGACUCCUAAGACAUCCGGAUAUUGUUGAGAUCAAACAUAUUAUGUUGCCUCCAUCAAGAAGGGACUUCAAAGAUAUUUAUGUUGUUUUCGAACUUAUGGAGUCUGAUCUUCACCAAGUUAUCAAGGCUAAUGAUGACUUGACAAAGGAACAUUAUCAGUUCUUUCUCUACCAAUUGCUCCGUGCUCUGAAAUACAUUCACACAGCUAAUGUUUAUCAUCGGGACUUGAAGCCAAAGAAUAUAUUAGCAAAUUCUAACUGCAAACUGAAAAUUUGUGAUUUUGGACUAGCACGAGUUGCAUUUAAUGAUACCCCAGCAACGAUCUUCUGGACGGAUUAUGUUGCAACGAGAUGGUACAGAGCUCCAGAGCUCUGUGGAUCCUUCUACUCAAAGUAUACGCCAGCCAUUGACAUUUGGAGCAUUGGUUGCAUCUUUGCUGAGGUGCUAACAGGAAAGCCUUUGUUUCCUGGUAAAAAUGUUGUCCACCAGUUAGAUCUUAUGACUGAUCUUCUAGGCACGCCAUCCAUGGAUACAAUUUCUCGGGUCCGGAAUGAGAAAGCAAGGAGGUAUCUAAGCAGCAUGAGAAAGAAAGAUCCAAUCCCAUUCUCGCAGAAGUUUCCCAAUGCAGAUCCUUUAGCAUUGGAUCUUUUGCAAAGGCUUUUAGCAUUUGAUCCAAAAGAUCGUCCAACUGCAGAACAGGCACUGGCUCAUCCAUACUUUAAAGGGCUAGCCAAGGUUGAGCGAGAACCAUCCUGUCAACCAAUCACAAAGAUGGAGUUUGAGUUUGAGCGUAGAAGAGUGACGAAAGAAGACAUAAGGGAGCUGAUAUUCCGUGAGAUAUUGGAAUAUCACCAACAAUUGCUCAAAGACUACAUCAACGGCACAGAGAGGACAACCUUUCUGUAUCCGAGUGCUGUUGACCAAUUUAGGAAGCAAUUUGCUCAUCUUGAAGAAAAUAGCGGAAAUGGCCCCGUGAUUCCAAUGGAAAGAAAACAUACGUCUCUUCCUAGGUCUACUAUUGUUCACUCUGCUCCAGUUCCUGUCAAGGAACAACCUCGUAUCGGCCCAUCUAGGGAAAAGCAUUCAUCUGAUGAGUCUUACAAAAAUCCUCGGGAGACAGAAAAAUAUUCCGGCAAUGUUCCGAGAACCUCACAGGCUCCACAAAGAGUGCCAACAGCAAGACCAGGAAGGGUUGUUGGUCCAGUAAUGCCUUACGAGAAUGGUAGCACCAAGGAUCCAUAUGACGCACGAAGGUUGUCAAUGAACUCAGGAUACCCUCCGCAACAACAAAUUCCACAAACAUACGGUUAUUAUCAGACACCUGGCAAGCUGGCUUGCUCUGAGCCGUCGCAGGCUGAAAGGUACACGCUGCAUCAGCAGGCCUACAGCACAACUGUGCCUGAUGUUGCUCUGGACAUGAGAGCACCCCCUUUUCACCAUCUAUCGGCAGGGCCGAAAAGUGACUCUUCUGAUAGGCUAACAGCAGAUACGAACCUGUACUCUAGAUCGCUCAAUGGUAUCGCUGCUACUGCUGCUGGAGUGGCAGCAAGUGCUCACAGAAAGGUUGGCGUUGUUCCGUUCAGCAUGUCAAGGAUGUAUUAGUGGCUAAAUCACGGUGAAUCCUACAUACCUUGAUGGAACUCUGCUGGCCUAUGGUGGCACGACACUGAGAAUGAAGCGGCAAGCAAACCUUGGCUGGGUGCCAUGAGGUUUAGAGUGCAGAGCGAUCCAAAGGUUGACUGAUCUGUCUUGUCAGGAAACACCAUCGGCGGCAUUGAAGCGUAUCAAAAUUUCUGCUUAGGCCAUCAACUUGUAUCUGCCUGGCUUGAGUAGUGUAGCCUUUGGUUGCACACAGAAGAAGUGAAGGGGGUUAGUGCAGCGGCCAAUUUCUUUUCUAGAGCGAGGAGAAAGAAGGGAAAGAAAGGAACACUAACGUUUUUAUAUGUUGUAUAGAGAUGUUUCUCAUAUAUCAAUGUGCUACAUCAGAAUGACUUCAGAAAGAUACGAGAUAUAGCGAAAAUUUGCUUGGUUUAGUAGCUAAUUUGCUAUUCA